AUGACAACAGGUCAUCAAUAUAAUUACCAAGACUAUGUACCGACUGAAGGCGUAUUUUGCCCUAUAUGUCAAGCCCCUUGUGUUUCCUUACAGGACUUGAAUAAUCAUUUAGAUAGAGAACACAGCGAAGAGGACUCCAAAGGCGCCUUGUUGAGUUGGCUACGAAAUGCACAAAAGAAGGUAUCAACCUCCCUGACGACCAAGAGUGUGCCCAAGCAGUGGGUUGACUUGAGCAGUAACCCAAGCUUUUUUGUGUCAGACCAACAACAAAGCGAAUAUGUUACACAAGACCAUUGGCAACGUGAAACAGGCAACGAUAAGUGCCAGAUGCCAGAGUGUACCAAGAUUGUAGGAAAAUCUGGAGCAGGGAAACAGCAUUGCAGAAAAUGUGGCAAGUUGUUUUGUGCGUUUCAUACGCAAUAUGAAAUUAGACUCAAUAGACAAGCACAGCAUGACCCAGAGAAUGGUGUUUGGUGUAAGGUGUGUAUGGGCUGCUAUGUGAGUCGAAAAGGAUAUAUGGAUCAUGGGGGAGUGACACGUGAUAAGACAAGUAUUUUAUUGAGCAAGAGGGUCAAGAUUAUUGAUAAGGUUCAUUUGGAAAGCAAUCGAUUAGAGAAACGCUUGGAAAAGUUGGCAAGAAUUCAUUUAUCGACUGAUAGCAAGAAUAGUCAUAAUGGUCAUUUUGUCAAUGAUCGUUUUAACAACGGACUCUUGUCACCUUCAAGCAGUGUACAAAGUAUAUCACUCGAUCGAUCUGAUUCUGCAUCAUCCAGAGAUAGUAGUUUAGGAAGCAUUCUGUCACCCAAGUCGUCAUUUGUGUCUAGUAAUAACAGCAUAUUGAGUAUGAAGUUAAAAUAUAGAGAUGGUGAACAAUCAGUGACGAAAUGGGAAGAUGAUAAGCUUGUCAAGAAAUGCCCUUAUUGCGAGAGUACUUUUACUUUGAUUAAUCGUAAACAUCACUGUCGAUUAUGCGGAAAAGUUGUUUGUGGUAACAUUAGAUGCUCCAAGAUGAUUCCAUUAUACGUAGACAUGUCUUCAGACACAUUUGAUACAGAGCCUGUUGGAGAUACCCGAGCAUGUUGUCAUUGUGUGAGAUAUGCAUUUAGAAGAAAACUCUUAAACGAACAAUCACAGAAUCCGUCCGUCAUCUUUCGGCUGUAUAAUCAACUUGCUAUUACUCGAAAGAAUAUAGAAAAUCAAUUACCCAAGUUUCAUCAAUUGAUACUUGCUUUAGAAAAAGAAAAGGCACUGAACAGGACGAGUGAAAGCUUCCUUAGAGCAAGCCAAAUUCGAAAGUCGCUACUAGAUAAUUUUGCACUAUAUGAUACACUGGUCAAGAGUAUCAAGGCACUUCCUGCGAGAUCACCUUGUAUGAAGCGACUUCAGACUAAUAUCUGUGCUGCAUCCAACAUUUACUUGCAGCAGAAUAUGCUUCCACUUCAAAUGCUGCCUCGUAUACUAAAAGAAAAGCCAGAGAGAAAGCAAUUGAAACAACAAUUGGAAACUUAUCUAGAACAGACUCGUCUUGUAGAAGGAUUUAUUCGUGAUGCUGAAAGAGAGGGUAAAUAUGAUGAUGUCAAGACGCUCAAGGCCAGUCUAGAGGAAUUACAUGGUGAAAUCGAAAACUUGCGAGCAAAACUUGAUUGA